AUGGCUGAAUAUGGUAAUUUACUUGAAAAAUCUGUGGGACAUACAAUAGGUCGUCCACCACGACCACCUGAGCCUGCAAUGGGACCAUACUAUCAAUUUAUAACAACAGAUUUAGAAAAUAUGCUAUGGAUUGGAAGUGUUUUAAUAUUUCGACAUGUUUCAUAUGUACACCCAUCAAUUCAAUUUAAUGCAAAAGUUAAAAUUACAUUUAAAUGGGAAACUUUAUAUGAAAAUUUAUUUAAUAUGCAAGCUUAUCGAAUUAAUCUUAAUAUUGAAUUACCUAAAGGUAAAGAUGAUGAAAAAAUUGAUUGGAUAAUUAAUUGGGAAGAUUUUACAACAAAUGGAACAUUUUAUAUUGCUCAAUAUGAUCAAAAAUGGCGUGGUGCAUUUUUUUCUUGUAAUGGCUUUGAUGCUACUGUUUCGAAAGAAAUUGCAUUAGGUUUAACUUAUAAUACUGUUUGGAAUCAUCUUCUUUCUACUCAUGAAAAAAAUCCAUUUCAUCUUCUAGUUUGGGGUGGUGAUCAAAAUUACAAUGAUUUUGUUCUUGAAGAUGUUCGAUAUAUUGAACAAUAUUAUUUUUAUAAUUAUGCUGAACAUUGGGAACGUCGAUCAGAAAUGAAACAAGCACUAGGUUCGAUUCCAAGUCUUAUGAUGUGGGAUGAUAAUGAUAUUUACGAUGGUGCUGGAUCUUAUCCAUCAUUACUGAAUGAUAGUCCAAUUAUGGUUGGAUUACUUGAAUUAGCACAAAAAAUGCGACUUCUCUUUCAACAUCAUACUACACCUGAGAAAGCUCGAAAACAUCAAUUAUUCGGCUAUCGUGGUCACAAUUUUCUUGCUCGAUGUGGUCCUAAUUUAGUAUUUCUAGGUACUGAUGGUCGUUCUGAACGUAAUGAGAAAACAGUCAUACAUGAAAAUACAUGGAAUAUGAUAUUCGAAAAAUUGAAUAUUGAUCUAGAAAAUGUUCAACAUUUGAUUAUUAUAUUAGCUGUUCCAUUUUUAUUUGCACGUUUUAAAGUAACAGAAACACUUCUUGAAACAUGGAAAAAAUGGACUAUGAAAUAUCAAAAUAUUCCAUUUAGUGAACAUACAAAUUCAAUUUUUGGUUUACCUGAAAUCUAUGAUGAUCUUCUCGAUGAAUGGAUACAUGAAGCACAUAUUAAAGAACGAAAUUAUAUACUUUCUCGUCUUCAAAAACUUGCAGAGAUGAAAAAAACAAGAAUAACAUUAUUCAGUGGUGAUGUUCAUUGCUGUGGUAUUGCUCGAUUUCGAACUCGAAA